UUUUAUUUUUUUUAUUUUUCAGUGGUCCAUUCGCAGUCCCUAAUUUUGAUAUCACAGUGAAACUUUUUCAGACACUUUGUGAAAAUGGAAGAUUGGAAGAUGCUACAAAGCUGAUAAAAGGGAUGACAUUCAACUUUCCCUUUCUUCAAGAUGGAGAAUCUGGAAAAAAAGCAUGGCUCAACCUGGAACCAACACCAGAAAAUAUAAAGAAAGUCAAGAAACUGAUGACUACAUUAUCUGAUAAUGGAUACUUCAAGAACAGGAUCUUUAAAAAUAACUGUUUAAAGAAUUACUGGGAUUUCAUUUGUGGCAGUGAGGAUUUCAGUGAAGUGACUCACCACUAUGAUUAUUUAGGCAAAACUUAUGAAUAUCAUCCAAAUCAAUUUGUGCAAGUGUUUUCCAGUUACAUCAAGAAAGGUGACAAAACUAGUCUUCAAGCUGGUAAGUUUUAGCAUUAUUGAUUAUAU